AUGGUGCUGGACGAUGUCUCUGAAGCGUUGAAACUGCAGGCGUUUGGUGCCAGUCAUGGUGCUUUGCUGACAACAGUAACUUAUGGUGGCAUCGCAGCUGUCCUUGCCUUUCUCGCGCAUCAAACGCCCUUGGAGUUGCCAGAUCCGCUGUUGCAGACGGCGGCCAGGAUCGUCGCCUAUGCUGUGGCGUUUGUGCUUGGCCUGACCGCCUUCUUGCGCACCGUCGUGCACGUGCGCGCCAUGCUCGUCGUCCCACCCACAGUGAAGGCGCUGUCACCAAAGCAGAAGAAGCUCACUCUGGAGUUAAUCUCUGCACGCCCGUCAACUCGGACCACGUCGCAGUCGACACCCAUCCCCAAACGCUUCUCGUGGCGGCACGGCCCGGAUGAGAGCGUGUCUGCACGGCGCCGCCGACCAAGUGGCAUUGGCGGCCUCAACACAUCCGCAGCGAGCACAACAGCAGCCGGCAACCUGUCCACCACACUGGCAACAACAACGGGGUUUGGCUCAGCGCCAGCCACGCCAUCUGCCGCGCUCUCCACGUCCGUGUCGCCAUCAUCCCACUACUACACGCCAGCACGCGGCUACCCUGCGCCCACCACGACUGGCGCUGCUGACAUGUACGCACGCACCCCCGCCCGCGCCGUGUAUGGGGAUGCAGGGAGCGCCAACGCCAGCAUGAUGUCCGACUCUCGCAUGGCAUACCCCGCCAGUGGUGGUGGCGGCGGUGGUGGUCUGGGCACGUCGUUUGCUGGGAAUCAGUCGUGGGGCGGGCGCAGUCCCGGGCAGUCGUUCCUGUCGUCUUCCAGCCUCGACGCAUCCAUCAGAAGCGAUUCGUUCUGGGCGGCAACACCGCACCGCCGCCCAAAGUUCCAGCCAGCCGUCAAGUCGCCUGAGCGGAAGCCGCAGGAGAGCGUUGACGAGCGCGUGGUGCCUGCUCCCGUUGUCUUCCGGCGCAUCUGCCCCAGCAGAGAAAAGUGGCAGCAGUCCCUCUUCCUCUGCAAGCAGUGGGUUGACUCCAUUCUCAAGGGAAUCUGGUUUGACAUUGAACGCGUCAACGCAUUGCUGCAGAAAUCCCCCGAUCGCCACCGCAUCGGUGUUGACUCCCUCGCCACCAUCCAGGCAGCAGCGCAUGGCGAUGCAUACAGUCCGCUGCAGGGGGUGUUGCCUGUGCUCCAGCUCGACCCGGCCAACCAGCGCUACCUCGUCGCACGCAUCAGAGACCUUGCCACGCGCCGCGGAUACCACACGACCGGCGGGCACGCCGUUGUUGAUCUUGAGGGAAAGACUAUCGCCUACUCUGACGCCCUCCCCUCAGACGCCUCGAUUGUGUUCCACUGCGUGUGCUGCUUCCUUGACCACGAGUCGACGCUGUACCACCGGAAUCCUGGCGAUAUUGUCCACCCGGACCUGCGCACAUUCUCAAACCUUCACGUCGUCAAGUAUCCAGAGCGUGUUGCUGAUCUGGAGAAGCGCGCCGUCAAGACAAGCGUCUACAUGUACUUUUCACAGCUGUCGCCACCAGUGUUCAAGCUCAUCACACGCAAGGAUGGCAAGGCCUCUGUUUGGGAACUCGGCACCGGGCACGACAGCCUGUUUGAGUGCAUUGUGGCGUUUGUGUGGUAUGUUGUGAAGAUGGAAGGUGGCGUAGUGGACGACCAUGCGCAGAUGCGGUUUGCACCGGGAGGGCUGCGCGUCUACGAGAUUGUGGAGCCCCUCAUCAACCUCUGA